AUGGCAGAAUUCACUCAUGAAAGUACGGAAAGCCAGGAGGAAGAAGAACUACAGGAGGAAGUGCUAGAUUUCGCACCAGCCGCAUUGGAUGACUCUCUGCCAGAAGUAGAAGAUCCCUUGCAGGAAAUAAAUUUGGGAACAGAGGAGGAUCCAAGGCCAACCUUCAUCAGCGCACUAUUGAAAGAACCACUUAAGAAUGAACUCGUUGCACUUCUACGAGAGUUCAAAGACUGUUUUGCUUGGCAUUAUCACGAGAUGCCAGGAUUAGACAGGGAAUUGGUAGAACACAAGCUACCAAUCAAAGAGGGAUACCUUCCAGUCAAACAGGCCAGAAGAAGAAUGUCCAUGGACACAGAACUGAAAGUCAAAGAAGAAAUAGAAAGGCUGCUCAAAGCAGGAUUCAUCAGGCCUGCCAUCUAUGCUGAUUGGCUAGCUAACAUUGUACCAGUUCUAAAAAGGAAAACUGGGGCAGUCAGAAUCUGCGUGGAUUACAGAAACCUGAAUGAAGCCUCUCCCAAGGAUGAAUACCCUAUGCCAAUGGCAGACAUGCUAGUAGAUGGAGCUGCCCACAACCAGAUGCUAUCUUUUAUGGAUGGCAACGCGGGUUACAAUCAGAUCAUGAUGGCAGAAGAAGACAUCCACAAGACAGCCUUCAUGUGUCCAGGGCAUAUAGGUGCUUUUGAAUAUACUGUAAUGCCUUUUGGCUUGAGAAAUGCAGGGGCUACCUAUCAAAGGGCAAUGAAUUCUGUUUUCCACGAUAUGAUAGGGCAUUCCUUGGAAGUGUAUAUUGAUGAUGUUGUGAUCAAAUCACCAGAGGAGGGAAACCACAUGACAAAUCUAAGAAGAGCAUUCCUCAGAAUGAGGCAACAUAAACUAAAAAUGAACCCAAAGAAGUGCGUUUUUGGAGUUCAAGCGGGAAAUUUCCUAGGAUUUUUGGUCCACCAAAGAGGCAUAGAGAUCGACAAGAACAAAGCAAAAUCCAUCAUAGAAGCUUUACCGCCUAGGAACAAGAAAGAAUUGCAAAGUCUCUUAGGAAAAAUUAAUUUUUUAAGGAGAUUUAUAUCCAAUUCUGCAGGAAAGAUCCAGCCUUUCUCUUCUCUGUUAAGGUUGAAACAGGAACAAACCUUUAAGUGGGAAGAACAACACCAGCAAGCUUUUGAGGAAAUCAAGCAUUACCUCUCAAAUCCACCAGUUCUGUCCCCGCCAAAGAGAGGCAGGCCACUCAAGCUCUAUAUAUCCGCAUCAGAAGUAUCCAUUGGAAGUUUAUUGGUUCAGGAUAACAAGGAAGGAAAGGAACAGGCGGUUUACUACCUAAGCAGAACUCUGACAGAAGUGGAAAGGAAAUAUUCUGCAAUUGAGAGACUUUGCCUAGCCUUGUACUUCACUGCUGUAAAGCUCAGACAUUACAUGCUGCCACACACCAUCUAUAUCAUUGCCAAAACAGAUCUGAUCAAAUACAUGCUGACAAGACCAAUGCUGAGAGGCAGAAUUGGAAAAUGGACCUUGGCCUUGACAGAAUUUGCCUUCAGAUACGUUCCUCAGAAAGCCGUCAAAGGACAAGCUGUGGCAGACUUCCUAGCAGAUCAUCCCGGAGAGGAGAUUGAAAAUAUGGACUCUUUAGACAUAGAAAAUGCAGAUCUAUUAACCAGAGCUCACACCUGCCUCAACAAUCCUAUCUACUCAGUUCAUCUUACACCUUGGAAGCUAUACUUUGAUGGGUCAAAAACUGAUAUAACUUCCGGGGAAGGAAUUGUUUUGGAAGAGCCACUUGGAAUCAGACACUGCUACUCUUUCCAAUUAGAUUUCCGAUGCACCAACAAUAGGGCAGAAUAUGAAGCCUUAAUCAUUGGCUUGGAAAUGCUGGUAGAAUUAGGAAUCCAGUUUGUGGAAAUCCUGGGAGACUCCAUGCUGGUUCUAAAGCAAAUUGCUGGGGAAUACAAGUGCCUAAGCCCUUCUCUGGCUGUCUACUUGGUGGCAGCUAGAAAUCUUCUGACGGAAUUCAGAGAGGCCACUUGGGAACAUAUCCCAAGAGAAGAGAAUUUUGCAGCCAAUGAAUUGGCCCAGGUGGCAACAGGCAUACAAAUACCCGAAGAUUGUGUACAAAGAAUCAUCAAGAUAGGAAAGAAAAGUUUACCAUCGGUUCUGGCCAGGGGGAUGGAGAUAGAUGUCAACUCUGCCACAAUCGCUGAAGAUGAUUGGAGGAAUCCUAUCAUGACCUAUCUGCGAUAUCCAACUUUGCCCUCUGAGAAGAAAGUCAGAAUCAUGGCUUUAAACUACCUUAUGUGGAAUGAAGAUUUGGUCCGAAAGAGUAAGGAUGAGGUGCUUUUAAGGUGCCUCGGGAAGAAAGAAUACAUGAAAGUUAUGGGGGAAACCCAUGAAGGAAUCUGUGGAGCACAUCAAGGUGGAAGAAAAAUGUGCUGGUUAAUUAGGAGAUAUGGCUACUUCUGGCCAACCAUGAUGAAAGAUUGCAUUAACUAUUCCAAGGGGUGUGAAUCUUGUCAAAGACACGGCCCAGUCCAGCAGGCUCCAUCAGUUCCCAUGAAUCCAGUGGUAAAACCAUGGCCCUUUAGAGGAUGGGCAAUGGAUCUUAUUGGCAAGAUCUAUCCAGCCAGCAGCCAGCAGCACUGCUUUAUCAUUGUUGCCACAGACUACUUCACCAAGUGGGUGGAGGCCAAGGCUGUUAAAUCCACUACAUCUCAAGAGAUCAUCAUUUUCAUAGAAGAACAGAUUAUCCAAAGAUUUGGCAUCCCAGAAUCAAUCACAACUGAUAGAGGAUCAUCUUUCAUAUCUAGAGAAAUGCUGGACAUGGCAGAGGCAUUCAAAUUCAGACUGCUCCAAUCCACUCCUUAUUAUGCCCAAGCCAAUGGACAGGCGGAAUCAAGCAACAAAGUAAUCAUCAACAUUAUCAGGAAAAUGCUUGAAAAGAAUCCAAAACAGUGGCAUGAGAAGCUGUCAGAAACUCUGUGGGCAUAUAGAACUUCAAAGAGAGAAGCGACUGGCAUGACUCCCUACGCGUUAACCUACGGUCAUGAUGCAAUUCUGCCUAUGGAGAUAGCUGUUCAGUCCCUCAGAAUUGCUCACCAACAUGACUUAGUAGGAGAAGACUACUCCCAGGCCAUGCUGCUGGAACUGGAAGGAUUGGAUGCAGCCAGAAUUGACACUCUCAACAAACUCCUGGCAGGAAAACAGGCUGUAUCAAGGGCCUACAACAAAAGAGUCAGGAACAAGAGUUUUGAAGAAGGGGAGAUAGUCUGGAAAGCAGUUCUGCCCCUUGGAACACAUGUGGCUGGUUAUGGAAAAUGGUCACCUACAUGGGAAGGUCCUUUCAUAAUCAGCCAGAUCCUUGGAAUGGGGGCAUAUAGGUUGCAGGAUAGGGAUGGAGAAGUUCAUACGGCCCCGAUCAAUGGCAAAUGGUUAAAAAAGUUUUAUCCAACCAUGUGGGAUUCACAGGCUGUACAAACAGACCCGGGGAUAGACACAGGAGUUAACUAA